AUGAAGUCUGAUUUCAGAUUCUCAAACUUGCUGGGAACUGUCUAUCGGCAAGGAAACAUCAUCUACAACGAGGAAGGCACCUUGCUGCUCUCUCCUGUGGGAAAUCGAGUUUCUGUGUUUGAUCUGGUGAAUAAUAAAUCUUUCACUCUAGACUACGAACAUCGCAAGAACAUCGCCUGUAUUGCCCUUAAUAAGCAAGGAACGCUACUGCUUUCUGUUGAUGUUGAUGGAAGAGCCAUUCUUGUGAAUUUCAAGGCCCGCACAGUUUUGCAUCACUUCAAUUUCAAAGAGAGAGUCCGCGAUCUGCAGUUUUCACCUAGUGGUACCCAUUUCGCUCUGGCAGCCGGCAGAUUCGUCCAGGUCUGGAAAACUCCAGAUGUUGCUGAGGAUCGUCAGUUUGCGCCCUUUGUUCGUCAUAGAGUGUAUGCAGGACACUACUCAGACAUCACGUCCAUUUCUUGGUCUGGCGAUUCCAGAUACAUUUUGUCAACCAGUAAGGAUCUCACAAGCAGGAUAUUCUCGUUACACAGCGAGGACAGGGACGUUAAGAUGACUUUGGCGGGACACAGAGACUACGUUAUGAAGGCAUUUUUCGACAAGGACCAGGAGAUAAUAUACACUAUAUCGAAAGACGGAGCUCUGUUCAGAUGGGAGUACACAGAAAGACCUGGUGAGGAGGAGAUGGCUGACGAUCAAAAACACAUGAGCUGGAGAAUCAUCUCGAAACACUUCUUUUUUUCCGACCACAACGUCAAAUGUGCCACGUUCCAUGCUCCAUCCAACCUGCUCAUUGUUGGCUUUUCCAACGGAGAGUUCCGCUUAUACGAUCUGCCUAGUUUCACCAUGCUCCAACAGCUGUCGAUGGGAUUCAAUGCCGUCAACACUGUUGCGAUCAACUCGACGGGCGAAUGGGUCGCUUUCGGGUCCAAGAAGCUCGGACAGCUGCUCGUGUACGAAUGGCAGUCAGAGUCGUAUAUUCUCAAACAGCAGGGACAUUUUGACGCAAUGAACUGCCUUGCGUACUCGCCAGAUGGCAGCCGAAUUGUGACUGCAUCGGACGACGGAAAAAUCAAGAUCUGGGACGUCGUUUCCGGUUUCUGUCUGGCCACCUUCGAGGAGCACACUUCUGCUGUGACGCAGGUUGUUUUUGCGAAAAAGGGCCAGGUGAUGUUUUCGUCGUCUUUGGACGGUACAGUCAGAGCAUGGGACCUGAUUAGAUACAGGAAUUUCCGCGUGUUCACGUCCACCACCAGAAUGCAAUACAGCUGUCUUGCUGUUGAUCCGAGCGGAGAAAUCGUUUGUGCUGGCUCGCUUGACGAGUUCAGCAUCCAGGUCUGGUCUGUGCAGACAGCACAAUUACUUGAUCAACUGGCUGGCCACGAAGGCCCCGUGUCGUGUCUGAGCUUUGGCAGCGAAGGGUCUCCAUUGCUUGCAAGUGCCUCGUGGGACAAAACGAUCAGGAUUUGGGACAUAUUCAGCAGAACACAAACCAGUGAGCCUUUUGACGUGCUCCACGAAUGUCUGUCGCUGGCCAUGCGACCUGAUUCCAAAGAAGUUGCUGCCUCGACGCUUGACGGACAAAUCACGUUCUGGGAUGUGCAGCAGGGAAAGCAGGUGAGACAGAUAGACGGAAAGAAUCACAUAAUAGCGGGCCGUUACGUGGAAGAUCGGUUUGUUGCUGCCAACUCGGCAAGAGGCAAAUAUUUCUCCACUAUUGCCUACAGUUUUGACGGAUUGUCUAUGGUGGCUGCCGGAAACAACAACUCGAUCUGUCUCUAUGAUCUUCCCAACGAGGUGCUUCUUAAGCGGUUCACAGUCUCGCAGAAUAUGCAGUUGAACGGAACGUUGCAGUUUUUGAACUCAAAGAACAUGACUGACGGUGGUCCACUUGAGCUCAUCGACGACGACGGAGAACUGUCUGAUUUGGAGGAAAGAAGACGGACCGAUUUCUCGUUGCCGGGGUCCAAUAGAGGAGAUCCGUCGGCAAGAGCCACGCGGCCUGAGAUCCGGGUCACCAGUGUGCAAUUUUCUCCAACGGCCAAUGCGUUUGCCUGUGCCUCCACCGAGGGUCUUUUGAUCUACAGCGUGGACGAAAGUCUAGUGUUUGAUCCGUUUGACUUGGACGUCGACGUGACUCCCGAGGCUACGCUGGCUGUGUUGAAGGAUAGGGAAUAUAUGACAGCUCUGGUGAUGGCAUUCAGGCUGAACGAGACGUAUCUAAUUCACAAGGUCUACGAAGCCAUCAAGGUCAGCGACAUUCCGCUCGUUGUGCGAGAUCUGCCCCUGGUGUAUGUGGAGAAGCUAAUCUCGUUCAUUGGCUCGAUCCUCAUGGAGAGCCAGCACAUUGAGUUCAAUCUGAUAUGGAUUGCUACUAUUUUACGCGUGCAUGGAAAAUACAUCACAAAAAACAGACACCAAUUUACUAGCUCGAUGCGUUUGGUUCAAAGGUUCCUGAACAGAGUGGCCAAGGACGUUGUCAAGGCCGGCGUCAGAUCCGAGCAAUUCUAUUUUUACCUUGGUUCAAACAAGAAACAGCCCGCUAUGCAGAUCGAUGGACUCGAAGACGGCGGAGCUGCAGAACGCGCGUCUGAUUCGGAGUCUGACCAGGAGGAGAUGCAUGACUCAGAAGACGACGGUUGGUUCGGCCCUGGACAGCAAAAAGAACUGACCCUGCGAUUCGAUGGCUCAGAUGAUGAGGAUAUAUAA